GCUUCUGAUUUGUUAGUGGUAAACAAAGGAUGCUGCCACGUUCCAGGAAUGUGAAUUAGUUGAGUCCGUAGAGACUAUACACUCGAGGGAUGCUGCUGCUUUCGGUUGAUAUAGUUGGCGUAUUGUGCGAGUGGUGAAUAAGAACAGAUCUGGCGGAAAUAGUGGUUGCGAUAGAGGGGGAUAGAUGGAUAGAUUCACCUCCUCCACCACUCGCUCCUCGCUAGUCCACACGCUGUGUGCGCUUCACCACCACGCGGAUUUCUCGUUCCUGUGAAAACUGGCGCCUCCACCUGCUGUGAAAAUUGGUGCUCCUAACUGUGACUCCUCUUUCCUCCACCUGCUCUCCACUCUGACCCGUCGCCCCUCCACACUGUGGCGUUGAGGAGCUCCUGAGUGCACCUCACACAUCUAGACCGUCCUACCUCGGCUCAUAGUUCAAAGUUAAUGAAAGUGUAGUGAGAGAGACGCGCCCUGGUGUGUUGUAAUUCACCCGUGCCUCUCUAGGUACUAGUGGCCCCUUUUUAUUUGAAUUUGUCUGUGAGACCAGAAUGGGAAUGUCCGAGCAAUUGGCGUGACUAGCACGGGGGCCCGUCCCUGGUGGUGUGGAGACGGGGGAGGAGUCGCAGAAGAGGGUAGCAGCGACGGAGCGACAGGUGAAAGAGGUAGGCGAGCUGUGCGCCCAUGCCCGCGGCUGGUGUCUCACGCUGCCCAUCAUGGACUUCUGGCAACACUUCUUCGGCUUCUCUCACGAGAAUAACAACGUGCCCGUCCACCCGACUCCUGCAGGUACGUUGUAGAUGUAGUGGUACCAGGGUCCCGGUAGGACUGGCAAUUCCCGGGGUGGGGCGGAUGGCGGCUACGGAGGGUCAGAUUCGCUUCAGUGGCCAUACCCUUGACAAGGCCACAAAAGCGAAGGUUACAUUAGAGAAUUAUUACUCUAAUCUUAUAGCACAACAUUUAGAAAGAAAGCAAAGACAAGAUAAGUUGGAGGAGAGUAUGAAAGAGGAAGGACUCUCUGAGGACCAGAAGCAAGAGAAGCGGCAGCAACAUGCACAAAAAGAAACAGAAUUUCUCCGCCUCAAAAGAUCCCGGUUGGGUGUCGAGGAUUUUGAAGCCCUCAAAGUUAUUGGCAGAGGAGCAUUUGGCGAGGUUCGAUUAGUGCAGAAAAAAGAUACAGGUCAUGUCUAUGCUAUGAAAAUAUUGCGAAAAGCAGAUAUGCUGGAGAAAGAACAGGUGGCACACGUAAGAGCAGAGAGAGAUGUCUUGGUGGAGGCUGACCAUCAGUGGGUAGUCAAGAUGUUUUACUCGUUUCAGGAUCCAAUUAACCUGUAUCUAGUGAUGGAGUUUCUUGCGGGUGGCGACAUGAUGACUCUCCUUAUGAAAAAAGACACGUUAUCAGAAGAAUGCACUCAAUUUUAUAUUGCCGAAACUGCUCUAGCUAUUGAUUCCAUUCACAAGCUUGGUUUCAUUCACAGAGAUAUCAAACCAGACAAUCUGCUAUUAGAUGCCAGAGGACAUAUAAAAUUAUCUGACUUUGGCUUGUGUACGGGAAUGAAAAAGUCUCAUCGCACAGAAUUUUAUAAAGAUCUCAGCCAAGCUAAACCUUCAGAUUUCACAACCUACUCCAAUGUUCCAGCAACAAAUCCUAUGGAUUCAAAGCGUCGAGCAGAAAGCUGGAAGAAAAAUCGGCGAGCUCUUGCUUAUUCAACGGUUGGAACUCCAGACUACAUUGCACCAGAAGUUUUCAUGCAGACAGGCUAUGGACAAAGUUGUGAUUGGUGGAGCCUUGGUGUUAUAAUGUAUGAAAUGCUAAUAGGUUAUCCACCAUUUUGUAGCGAGAAUCCUCAAGAGACUUACCGCAAGGUGAUGAGUUGGCGGGAGACAUUGGUGUUUCCUCCUGAAGUUCCCAUUUCAGAGCAGGCUAAGGACACUAUUCUACGUUUAUGUUGUGAGGCUGAUCGAAGAGCAGGCUCCCAUCAAGGGAUAGAAGAUCUUAAGUGUAUGAAGUUCUUUCAGCAAGUUGAUUGGGAACAUACUAGAGAACGGCCCUCGGCUAUUCCUGUUGAGGUUAAAUCUAUUGAUGAUACCAGCAAUUUUGAUGAAUUCCCAGAAGUUGACAUCAAAUUGCCUGGACAUCAACAAAUCCAAGCUGCUUCUCCACCAGUGAAGGAGGGUGAGGCAGGCUACAAGGACUGGGUCUUCAUCAACUAUACCUACAAGCGGUUUGAAGGUCUUACUCAGAGAGGUCUCAUACGUCCAUAGGACAAGAAAUGUGCUUCACUGGAUGUGACAUGUGGUCCUGGGACAGAAACAUGACCCAGACAGUGAUUGUAUUGUGUGUCAUGUGUAAGGUUUGUGACAAACACUUUAUCUAGAGCUUGUGAUAAGGGUGCAGUGUGAUCUUGAAUACAACACUUAUCAUCUUGGCUCUUUUGACCUGAAUAGUGGUUUCAAUAGUAUCUCAACAAGUGCAGUAACACUGAACUCAAAUCCUGAUGAAAUUGUUGCAUCCAUGCGAUGGAUGCCUCUUGCAGGGUGACAUCUAGGGAAAGGCUGGCGAGUGAAGUAGCAGUCUCAGGAUAACAAACUAUGCUACAUAGUUUCUCAGGUCUUAAGACUCAUCUUUAUUAUUUUUUCAACAUUCAGAACAGUGCCACAAAAUUAUCAGAGAAAUAUAUCAAACCAUCUCCCACCUUUUCCCUUAUGUUAUGGAUAGUGUUCACACACCCUACAAAUGUGGCACUAUGCAUAAAGCACAUGUAUUCUCGUGUGUUGUGCCCAACUACUUCAGUUGGUAGAGCAUCCUCAGCUUGGUCUACUGGUGGAUCUACUCACCAGUAGGUGAAGAUGUCUUGGUGUUGUACAUCACUAUCUCCCACUAUGUGAGAGAUAGUUCUUACAUCCUUUCUCAUAGGAUAUUUUUUUAUGUCUUUUUAUCAUUUUUAUGAUUAUGGGACCUAGUAAAGCUAUUGUUUUUAUUUUUUCAAGCAUGAUUAGAAACUUGUGUUUCAGUAAUCAGUGUGAAUAUUGCAUUAUAGUUUUAAUGUGAUUUUAGCUAAGCCUUACAGCUGAUGACAAACUGUGAUAGAUUCCCAGCAAAACAGUGGUUGAAUGUACCCUUCAGUGAUAUUUUUAGUUUCAUCACUUAAGCGUUUCAGUUUUUUUUAAUAGUAUUAUUUGUGCUUUCUUGCACAUAAACCAGUGAGAUGAAGUUAUUCAACACCUUUGGACUGCAGAAAGCAAAGAACAUGGAUAUCCUGAACUGGAAAUGAGUGACCCCCAAAAUAUAAUGACCAGGAAUUGUAUCUCAGAUGAAUAAGUUGGCAUUGCUUAUAGUUUAGUAUUUACUAAUAUUUGCCAGUCCUUUUCAUUUGUAACUUCUCCAUUUCACCUCAUAUUUUAGUAUUUAUUUUGUUCAUAUUGCAUCAUUUUUAUAAAAAUGAAAAAGAAGUGGCAUAUAUGAAAACGUUAAGGACUUUGGUUUAGUAAUGGUAAUAUGUUGUUCUUUGUGAAGUGCUACCUUCUCCUUAUAAGCCAAGGUUGUGAAUGUGCAUAUUUUGAUGGAGGAAUAGUUUAGUUUCAUUACUGUAGAUAAAUAAUGUGCCCUGUUAACAAUAAAGUUAUAUUUGAAUGUAAGCACUGACAGCAGAAUAUUUUAUAGUUCUCAAAUAAGUUUUAAAGAAAAGCAAAUUUGCAGUAUUUACUUGUUUGAGCCACAAAAAUAUGCAUAAUCCCACCCCAGUGAAUGGUUACAUCUUUAGUAAAGUGAUUACAGUGAUCUUUAACACAGUGAUUAUUAAAGAAAGCCUAUAUUAGUGUUAGAAGUUUUAAUUUCCAGACACUUUGUGUUAGUACAAUAUAUUGGUAUCAAGUGCAAUUGGGUUGUCCAUGUUAGAUUUGUUUUACUUUUGAAUAGUAAAAUUAAGUGUGUAGAUGCAAAGAAAAAUUAAAUAGUUUUAUUUCAAAUGAUGUUACUUAAUGCAGUCUGUAAUAAGUUUUAGAUAUGGUGUUACAGUACCAGUUAAAACUGAAGUAGGAAAGAGGUUUCACUUUAAAUAUUUUGCGACUUGUAAGUGUGGCUGAAGAGUGGUAAAAGGCCAAACACAUACAGCUGCUGGUAGGGAUUGGGCCAUCCCUUGUGUAGAUAGCAUAACAUUUUAGUUCAAUGUCUAAUGUAAUUUAUUUUAUUGUACAUAAUCUUUUCUUUAAAAAAAAAAUAAAUGCAUAGAUUGUGUCGAGUGUUGUGCAUAAGCGGUUGACUGAAAUUUGUGAUUUAGCAUCAUUAUUUAUUUUGAAGCUUGUCUGAGUUAGUUUAUAAGUGAAAUGUGUUCAGUUUAUACCCAAAUAAUUAAAAAUUCAGUUCAGUUCUUUUACUCAGCUGUGAGUAUAAACCCAGGAAUUAAUUUCAAAUAGUAUUUUAUUUGGAAGAAUGCAGUUGUAACUGUUAAUCUUUAAAAUAAUUAAGAAUAAAUUUUGAAAGUGAAAUAAAAAAAAUUACAUUAAAAGUAUUUUCAAAACUUAUUAUUUGCAUCACACAAAUUAAGAGAGUGGUGAUGGUGCAAGUGGUUGAUACCGACUGCUAUUGCUAAUGUUGCAGUAGGAAUGUGUGUCGUGUUGCAUAGGUUUGUGGAGCAAGUAACUCUAUUUACCAUAACAUCUAAUUGGCAGAUGCAAAAUUUGAAUUUCAUUGUAAAUUGCAAGACAGUCUCUGUAAAGAUCAAGAAAAGUAGGUUGUGUUUAUGACUGUUUAAAAUUUACAAUGUAACUACAGUCUUGCUAACCACUAAGCCUUAAUCCAAUUGUUUUUUAGCCUCAGCAUAGUGCAGUUCAAGGGUGUAUUUCUCAGCAUCUAGGUAGAUUAUACUGUUUUGCUGCAAGUGUAUAGUAUCUGAAUAAAAAUACAUUCCUCAUGAUGUAAUUAGUGACUAAAAAGAUUGCCACAUUGUAUCUGGCAGUGUACAGUAAUCUUUCUUUUUAUUGAUAAGUAAAUCUCCUAAAAACUUUCUAGCUCUCUUGAGAGUGUGUAAGUACCGUCCGUGGGACACAUUGUGGAAUAAAAGGGUAAAAAUAUCAAUUGAUUUAGAUUAGUUUGACCUCGUAUCACUUAAAGUAUUUGAAAAUUUGGCAAUCCGAUUUUUAUUUAUACAUUCUGUAUCGUAAAAAAAUUGUAUUUUUCAUGUCUGAAUUGUAUGUUUCAUCAGGUAUCAUUCUUAGACAUAAACUAAUACAAUUAAUCAAACUGCUUUGCCAGAGAAAUUAUUUUUCCUGCUGAUGAAAUAGCAUGAGAUCUAAUCUUUGUUUUGAGUUUCUAAUGUUCUUACAAUACCAUUUCCUUCAUUGUAAUUAUAACAGUCAUAAUAGGCCUGGGAACAGUCAUCAGUCUUGCUUCUCAGUGCACAGUAAAAUAGUUUUACUACAGAUGUAAUGUGUAAGAAAAAUCAACAUUCUGGGAUUAGUAUCUAAGGUGUAAAGCAGUUGAACACUUAACAAUUUACCCUUAACAAAUAUAUUAACUUGCCCAUCACCUGAGGAGCCCAUCUUAUUUGUGUAUAACAUGUGGCUCCAACCAUGGGGUUCCAAGGGAGAUCUCGUGUAAAUAUAGAGAAUGCAGUAGCUCCUGUAACUAGUCACCAAUAAAAGAUAAUAUAACCUGA